AUGUCUGAAAUUCAACUGAACUCCAACUCGGUCUCCCUUGGUGACUGGGUAGACGAGCUCUUCAAAAAGAUAUUCUUCCAACCCGACGACGCGCUUUCCAAGGAAGUCUUCACGGAGUACAUCGCCCCCGAUUUACUCGUCAGAUACAACCACAGUCGCUUCACGUACGACCAAUUUCUCGACGCCAUCACGCAGGGCCGGAUGAAGGAUUCGAUGAGCAUCCAGUCGAACGACGAGAUCCAAGCCUGGGACGCCCCGGACGGAUCCGGCGCCGGCUGCGUGGCCCACAUGUCGCUUUUCACCCUGACGGACAAGCAGACGAAUCAAGCCGUCAAGUCUUCGAGUCUCAUUCUGGCGAAUGUGCAGGUUCGCGAUGGGAAGAGGGUGCUUGCUGAGCUGACUGAGAUAGCGAAGUGA